AAAUCUCGCGUGUGGUUCUUUUACUAGUGACAUAAAAAUCAGAACCCUGAGCAUUUCUAGAAUUACCCUAUUCAUUCCCAGAUUUGGAUUUUCCCAAUUCCCUGCACCUUAACCUUUGACUCAGGAUUCUCGUAGACCGAACAUUAAAAGAAAAAAUGACUUCAACCAAAGACGGCGUACUUGUGGCAGCGAAGCAGUUUCUAAACUUUGUCAACAAAAGCCCGUCACCUUUUCAUGUUGUCCAAGAGGUGAGGGCUCUUCUCCUGUCAUCUGGAUUCAAAGAACUGAGUGAAACAGAGCCAUGGUCAAUCAAGCCAUUAGACAAGUGUUUUUUGACUCGGAACCACUCUACCAUAAUAGCUUUUGCUGUUGGUGGAAAAUUCAAGCCUGGGAAUGGAUUUAGUAUCAUUGGAGCACAUACUGACAGUCCAUGUUUAAAGGUAAAGCCCCGCUCCAAGACGGACAAGAGUGGGUAUCAGAUGGUGGGGGUACAGUGUUAUGGAGGAGGUAUAUGGCACACCUGGUUUGACAGGGACCUGACACUCGCUGGCAGAGUCAUCACCAAGAAUGGCGAUAAACUAGAGCACCGGUUACUUAAUGUAGAGAAACCAAUCCUGAAGAUUCCCAACAUUUGUAUCCAUUUAAUGAGAGACCACAACGAAAAGUUCUCCCCUAAUAAAGAAUCUCACCUAAUACCUGUGUUGGCAACAGCAGUGCAAGCAGAACUUCAGGGUGGUUCUCCAAAGCCUUCUGGAGAAAACAACAAAGAUGCUCUCAAAGAAGAGAAAGACAAGCAUCAACCAUUAUUAGUGAAGCUUAUCUGUGAUAAACUGAACAUUCAGCCAGAGCAGAUGAUGGACUUUGAACUUUGUUUGGCAGACACUCAACCAGCUGCUAUUGGUGGUGUAUUGGACGAGUUCAUUUUCUCCCCCAGAUUGGACAACUUGCUCAAUGCAUACUGCGCCACCACUGCUUUGGCAGAAUCAUGCAAUGGAAAUGGUUUGGCUGCUGACCCAAACAUCAGGCUCAUCUGUCUGUUUGACAAUGAAGAAGUUGGUUCAGAGAGUGCCCAGGGUGCUGCUUCCACCCUACAGGAACUUGUUCUCAGGCGUCUGAGUGCUGGGGGGACCAGCACGGCCUUUGAGGAGGCUAUCCCAAAAUCCUACAUGGUCAGUGCUGACCAAGCUCAUGCCGUCCAUCCUAAUUACCCAGAAAAACAUGAAGAUAACCACAAAAUUGGACUUCACAAGGGUGUUGCUGUCAAAUUUAAUGCCAACCAGAGGUACGCCACCACUGCGAUGACGGCAUCCAUUCUGAGGGAGAUUGCUCGCCGUGAACAGUGCCCUCUUCAGGAAAUUGUUGUGAGGAAUGACUCUGCCUGUGGAUCUACGAUAGGACCCAUCAUGUCUGCCAAGCUAGGAAUCCCCACCAUUGAUGUGGGAGCUCCCCAGCUCAGCAUGCACUCCAUCCGAGAAAUGUGCUGCACCAGUAGUGUGUUACAAACAUCGCAGCUCUUCAAGGCAUUCUUUGAACAUUACCCUAGUGUUUUUGCAUCCCUGCAAUGAACUUGGUUCCACUAAAGAGGACUUCUGCAUCAAAAUUAAAAAAGAAGAAAUAAUUCUGUGAAAUGCUUACAUGUAUACAAGCUUACGUGUUAAACACGAUUUUUGUAACAAUGAAGGAAAGUUUAUUACCAAGUUCCAGUGCACUAUGCUAUCAUUUUGAUGAAAAUUAGGGUGGAGCUGUCAUCCAUGUUAUCUGUACAACUGUUUUGCUAUAAAACUCUACAUAUUACCUAUUAAUAUAUGUAUGCAUAUCCUAUGGAUAACUCCACAGGAUUUUAGCAUCAUGUUUUUUUUUCCCAAGAUAUAUUUUUACGAUAAUGUAGUUCUUAAAUUACUUUAUCAAAUGACUUCAGGUUUUAUAAAUGCAGGUGUACAAGUAUUUCAUGAACAUUCCUACUAAAUUUCAGGUCAAGCACUGUAAGAUCACUUACAUGCAGAUAUUCAUCAGGGAUUGUGAAGUUACUGUUUAGCAUAAAUAAGAAUUAUUUAAUUUUUUUGAUAAAUAUUUAAGCAGUUGGCAAAUUUAAUAUUAAUUUAUGCAUGAAUUGAUUACACAGUAAGACAUGGAUAAUGCAAAGUCCCUGGGACCCGUGGAUUCACUUCUCUAUAAUUUAAAAGACUUUUCAUGUCUGAGUAACAAAUUGGUAAUACAAUUGUUCAGUAAUGGCAAUAACUAAAGCAAAUUUGUAAUAAACUGUUUUCCUACAGGGUAUUCUCACAAAGAUAUUACCUAGCAUGAAUUAAAGUUAUUGGGUUGUAAAGCUGAAGAAUUUUAUGAACAUUAAUAUUUAGUUAUGGGAUUUUGAAAACGAUAUUAUUUUGCCUUGAACAAAUAUAAAACUUUGCCAUAUCCAUGAUUUUACUACUGGGUAUAUCCGUAUUUAUAUUUAACCAGUUUUAUGUACUGUUGGUCCUUUAGUAAUUUGAGAUCCAAUCUGUAGUUUUUUGACCUGAUAUGCUGUCAAGUGUUUAAACUAAUUUUAUAGCAUUUUGGUGCAUAUGAAUUGAAAUUAAAAAUCAUUUACAGAUGAUCAUGGUCAUAUUUUGAAUUCUUGUACAGGUAAAUUGUAUAUGCUGAAAGACUGAUUUCUCAUUCAUCCAGACAGUUUGGUAGAUUGUGAAUUAAUAAAUAGAUAUUAUCACAUCA